CGCCCGCCUUGAUGUUUACUUUUCCCUUUCUCCACACAUCCAGCAUGGAUGGUGUCGCUGGCCGUCGAGCAUCCUGUUAGCAGGGUCCCAGAGCUGGCAGGGCAUGGCACGCCAUGGCAGCCAUAAGCGGGCCAACCACGUCAGCAGCAGCGGUCGCCGACGGGAGCGCACCCUGCUGCAGCGGCUCAUCACGCUGCCCGGAGCCAACCCCUGUGGUGACACCGGUCGUGCCGGCCCCAAUUAGGGCUGGCGGGGGCCAUGGGGACCAGAGGCUCGUCUCGGCAGCUAGGGAUGGAGACUUCAAAAAGAUCCGCCGGCUGCUACAGAAGCACAGGGUCAACGUCAAUGCCCGUGAUCCAUCUACAGGGAACACUGCUCUCAUGGUGGCAUCUUUGGUCCAAGACCCUGAUGCUAUGAGUGAGCUGCUGCAGCACGGGGCCGACCCGACGCUGCACAGCUACACGGGCCAGAACUGCCUUGACUCACUGCCGGCCUCCCUGGUGCACCUGGUGCUAGGCUUUCCCGACUACUUGCUCAAGGAGAGCCCCCACAGAAGCAACGAGGAGCGACGACUCCUGCUCGCGGCAUGGAGCGGCCAGCGGGACGAUGUCCAACACCUGUUGACCCAGACCGGAAAUGGAGGUCUGGACAUCAACUGCACUAAUGCAGAAGGUUCCACACCACUGGUGCUUGUCUGCCGGGACCUGGCCACCUUCCAGGAACUCGCCUCUGCAAAUGUGCUACGCUCAUACGACCCGUUGGGUGUGAUACGGGUUCUGCUUGACCAUGGAAUACUCAUUCACCGUGAUGUCAACCAUCAGGACCGGCAGGGCAGGACAGCCUUGCACUAUGCUUCCCACACUUGCUGCGAGCACACAGCACCGGUCAUUUCCCUCCUUCUUCAGAACGAGGCCAAAGUUGACAUCAAGGACAAGCAUGGCUUCUCGUCACUUCAUUUUGCAAGCCAAGCUGGCUCGGUGGAUGCCAUACAGCUUCUGCUAGAUGCCGGGGCUGAUCCUAGUGCAACAGGCCUUGGAGGAAUUGCACCACUUCAUCUUGCAGCAUCAGCUGGCAAGAUAGCUGCAGUGCGGCUACUCCUGGAGCGUGGUGCUGACGUGCUGAGCUUUGCUCAGGACGGCAAGUCACCCCUCUGCUGCGCGGGCAGCACCGAUGUGUACAGCGUGCUGAGGAGAGCCGUCGAGAGCGCCCUCUGCGAGAGGGCAGACAAACUUCGGCUCACACCCCUGGAGCACGAAAAACGAAAGCUGGGUCAACUCCUCUUGCAGUCAAGAAAUGUUUCUGCUCCAGGAGAACAGAGCUCACCUGGCAGCUCCACUGCCAAGGAGGAGGGCUCCAGUAGCAGUGACAAAGAGCCUAGCGAGCCAGAGGCGGAAGCAGUGCUGAAGACGAAAGCGAGCUCGCACUCUGUACUGCGCGGAGGGGACCCGUCGCUGUCGGCGUUUCGUCGCUACCAGCCACCAAACCUGCCUUCCCACCACAUUCCGGGCUGGCGGCAGAAGUCGUCUCACGGAGGCUCCCACUUCAUUCCCGUGCGGCCGCGUGACCACUCGUCCGACGACGAGCUGCGGCAUGGAUGGUGUGCCGAAGGCACGCUCGAAAACAACAGCUAUCAUCGCCAAAAGACCAUGCCUUCCAACACGCCCUUGGAGCUUCCCUUAGAUCCACACUCUGCGGCGUCUGUUGUGGUUGAGGCCAAGAAUGGCAUUAACUCUGCGUCCGAGAGUGAUAAGAAGGUCGAGGAAAACAUCCUGGAAGCACGGACGGAGAGUCCACUUGCGGAGUCGGCUCGUACAGCAGCCUGGGUCUUCGGGGGCAGCACCGAAAAUGUGGUGCCGAAGGAGAUGUAUGCAAAGGUGCGGCCCAAGCAUCGAGCAGGAGGAGGAGGCGGUGGUGGUGGUGGCGGCGACAGUUGUGACUCUGAAUCUGGUGAUGACGAGCACAAGCAGUCUGCGUCGCGGAAGCGACCCUCUGCAGCAGCGCAGAGGCGGAAAAAGACACAACACUAUGCCAAAAACUACCACCUCAGCCGGCUCAAACUGCGGCCCGAACUGACAGGGCGCAGCAUCCCAGACGUGGCGGCCACAGUGCCGCCCAAAACCAUUUCCGCGGGGCGGCAGCAGUCGGACGUGUCGCUGGGGGCUGCGGAGGAUGCCAGCCAGCAGAAGGCACCCGUGACGUCGUCCGCCGUGCCGAUAGCGGCGGCACCUGCGCAGCCCAAGUUUUCGCUGAUCACGAAGAGCAAGGAAGGCGGCCACCUGCGACCCAAUGGAUCGCGCAUGCCGGUGCCGAGCACCAGGGGACUCAUGAGCAAGUUCCUGCCGCCGUGGGUGACGCGCGAUGACGUGUCGUCGCACCUCUCAUCUGCAUCUUGGGUCUACCUGCCCUCCCUCUCUCCGGAGGAGGGCGGAGACGAGCCACCACGGCUGUCGCUGCCACGAAAGGAAGAGGCCCCCGAUGUGGCCAAGCCCAGCGAACCUGCGGCGGCGGCAGCAGCGGCACCAUCGACGACGUCAUCCACAACGGCGGCGAAAUCGGUCCGUCCCGAGGGAACGCACACGUUGACCUGUGGCAAGCGGGGGAGCGGUGGUGGGACAGAGGGUUCUGCAUUCCACACGGUCAGCGCCAAGGGGAAAGGUUCGGCGGCUUGUCAGCACGUGCCACCGGAGCAGCCGCGCGCGCCCGUGCCGCCGCUGCCUAAGAACCUCCAUGACAUCCCUGCAUUUCCUUCGGGACCCCCGUUUCCCUGGAUCAAGGGAAAGCUCAUUGGCAAAGGAGCGUUCGGCCUGGUAUGGUGCGGCCUGCGCAAGUCCGGUGGGGAGCUGGUGGCCGUCAAGCAGUUUCAGCUGGGUGGGACCGACGUGCUGUCGGCCGUGCAGUUAGAGGUCGACAUUCUGCAAUCGCUCAAGCACCCCAACAUCGUCGGUUUCCUCGGCGUGCAGCAGGAAGACGCACUUGUCAACUUGUUCCUCGAAUUCGUCUCUGGUGGCAGCCUCGCUGCCAACCUGGCCCAAUUCGGGGCCUUCCCCGAGACGGUGGUGCGUCGAUACGGACGGCAGCUCCUCCAGGCUCUAGCCUACCUGCACCAGCGGAAUGUCAUCCAUCGAGACAUCAAGGGUAAUAACGUCAUGGUCUGUCCCGGAACGGGCACCAUCAAGCUCAUCGACUUUGGGUGCGCCACAUUUGAGCCUUCGUCAGCAGAUUGUGAGGGACUGGUGGCCAGUGCCAGGGGCACGCCCUACUGGAUGGCACCGGAGGUCAUCUGCCAGGAAGAGUGCUCGCACAAGUCAGACGUCUGGAGUGUUGGUUGCACUGUGAUUGAGAUGUUCCAGACAAAGCCUCCUUGGUACGAGCUUUCUCCCUUAGCUGCAGCCUUUGCCAUCGGACAGGGUACGAGUGACCCCAAAUUUCCAGACCAGAUCAGUCCCGAUGCCCGUGACUUCAUUCUCACCUGCCUUAAGAGGUGCCCCGCUGAACGACCCACUGCGGAGGAGCUGCUGACGCACCGCUUCCUCCAGACUGGAGCUAUCGAGGACCUCUAACGCAAGGGUGACACAAAUCCAAGGCUGUGCUUCCGGUCUCACGGAGUCUUCGAAACGUUUUUGCAACUUAAGCCGCAAGGCGGGACGCGUUCGUUUCCGUUAUUUUUUUUUCCUUAAAAAACAUCAUCCGCGCUCACUGUCCACGAACAUCAGGACGUCACCAAAUAGCGCGGCUGUGCCGCAAAGGUAUCAGUCCUAGCACUAUUCCCGACAGUGCGCAUCGAGUUGCAUUUGGCAGGUCGAGAGUCAACACUGGUCGCCUGCCUAGAAACAGAGAGAGAAUGUGUGAGAGAAAGAGGGGCUGUUAGACCUUAACGUAACUUGUACCUGUUGCCAACGGCAUGUUAUCGACGUAGAGCUCACAUGCGGUUUAAGUAUAUUCUUUCCUCCCUGUAUUCUCGACGCACUGGUAAACUGAAUAACACUUUUUGCUCAGGUAAACAGCAGCCUCUGCUUUCUCAGUGGCCAAAACAAACCUGGUACGCUCCCACUGCAUCGAGUCACAGUGAUGCUCCGAAAAGAAGUUGUAAUUUACCUUUGUUGUUUUAGUGUUUUACAAAUUUAGUGAUGUUCCUUUUUUUUUUUUUAUGUACACAGAGACGAGCAUAUAUAUUUAUUUCUAUUUAAGAGAUCUUUUUUGAAGUUGAAACGAAUGUACAUAUGUGUGAAAGGCUGGCUGCUCUCUCCUUUUUUCGUGUUGUCUAAUUAACUGCUGUGGACACAUAGGCCAUUAAGCAAAGGAAGCAUUAGGUUUUAUUCAAGUAACCAAGGCUUGUCACUAACCACUGGCACCAGAUACCAGAAGGAAAUAUUUUGGUUUACCGAAGGAAAUGUCGCGUUACUAGACUGGCAGGAUGGUUUCUCAGCUCACGUAAUGCCUAAGUUGUUGACGACAUGCACGAACACAAAACAUUUUAACGGAAGGACAGAGGGUAGCUAGUUAGGCAGCCAUUUUUGUUGCGAAUAUGAAACUUUUAACGGUGUACAUUUGUGAACGUGCUGACCCCUGCUCACCAAAUGUCAUGUGCAAUCUUGUCUUUGAACAAUCCUGCUCUCCAGUGAAAAUAGAGUUGUUAUUCACGUUGCAACAUGUUUGAUUCAACAUAGCAUGCGCGAUGAUUAGCUGCCAUAAAAACCUGUUUGCAACACAGAGUUUCAGCAUCUAACUGUUGAUGCUGGUACUGGCGGUGAUAGUUAAUGUCAUAACGUAUCCCAGAACAAGCGCAAUGUGUAUGUGCAUGGUGUUCUGACCUGUUUGCACAAAUUGUCAGGCCAAUAGUAUUUAAGUUUGAUUACCGUAUUACCUGGAAUUAGUUCCCAACUUCAUCUGAGAACAAUGUUAAUUUGGGGUUUGGUUGGGUAAUGUCCUGGUGCAGAGACAAAUUUUGCAAGUUGAGCGUGAUGAAUGAUCAAGAGUUAACAUUAAGCUGACCAAUCGUGUUAGUGGCACGAGGAAAUAAGUGCUCCAAGCCCAUUGCUCCCAUCUACCCCUUUAUGUCUUUAACAGGCGGGCCACAUAAGAUAAAUAAGAUAAGUCUGGAUGAAUGUAGGAGCUGUUGCAAAUGGAAGGGCAUCAAGCCUGUGUUGCAUUCAGGUUUUUAAGGCGUGCUGAUGUCAGAGUUGUGCUCAUCAUCCCUGAAGCAGCUUCAGAAAAAACCUACACAUUGCAGAAGAAAACGACGUUGCGAAUUUUUGUGUGUGCUUCUGGCAGAUGGCGUAGGCGCAAGACAUAUGUUACAUCCAAAAUGGUGUUACAUAUUGGCACAGUCGUGUACAGAUCGACUAUAAUGAGAGUUAGUGACGAAGGGUUGUCUCCUGUAAAUAAUGCAAGACAAACACAGUAAGUUAACCUUCUGUGAGACUACCACUGCUAUUGUUGCAAGCAGCAUUGAUUAACAUUAGGGUUAGAGGCUUGAGUUACACUGGCUUGUUACCGGACUGUGGCUACUUUUUGGUGACCCGAGUUGUUAUUUCUAUUAUUAUUAUUAUUAUUAUUAUUAAAAUGCCCCCGAAGGCUCUCAUUACAAGGGUAUUACAUGGGGGGAGGGAGACAUCAGCAUUGGUCACUGAUGUGUAAAGUGGGGCAGAUCACGUCGACAGGCACCGCAGAAAUACAAUUUUUUUUGCGAGUUUUCCAGACUGCAUACGCACCAGCACAACAGGUCAGUUUGCUAAAGGGGCCUUGUUACACUUUGAUAUUAUCUUAAAUAAUCUUGCAUCAUGAAUCUCCUGUAACGAACCUUUUUUUUUUGUCCGUCAAAUAUAAGUGUAGUCAUUGCCUAAAACGAGCACGUUCAUUUUUCUUUCGUUGCCACAUGUGCGCUAGAAGCUACACAGCAAUACAAACAGGGCAGUGCGCCACCCACAAGUUACAUCGCUAUACAUGGUGCCUUUGAGCACUUUCUAUAUUAGCCAAAACUUCCGGUUUAGACGUGCGGUGGUGGUACGUGGUAAUGUACCGUGGCCAAUCGCCAUGCUGCGUUACCACGUACGCACCAUGGCAACUGAAGUCCAGAAUGUCAUAAUCCGAGCGAUAAGAAAUAAGAGAAUUUUUCCUUGAUAUUAUAGCCUCAAAUAUACAAAAGAAGAAAGCUCAUUACUGUAAGUCAUAUAAUGGACAUUUCCAUCAUGAAGUACUAGAAUGAACAUUCUGGUUUUACCAGCUUGAAUACUGAUAAGCUGUUCACCUUAGAUGUGGCCGACCCUGUACAUAGCUUUCGACUGUCCAGUUAUAGAAGUCCAAGAUAGAAGUUCAGGGGAAGAUGGAGGCUUAAAAGUGAUGAAAAAUUGUCAAACAGGGAAUGUUACUGGAGCUAAUGUUUCAACAGAUCUUGUUGAAACAUUGGCUCCAGCGACAUUCCCCGUUCAACUUAUCAGUCAUGAAAGGACAUUCAAGCACUUGCCACUCCUGGUUUUCUCAUAUUAUUUAUUUUCAUUUGCUUCACAGAUUUUGUGAUACAAUGUCCAUCCCUCCUCAAAAUGAGAUUAAUUGCUACGAUUGUCGUAUAAAAUAUUAGCCCUCCAUCGGAUACACAUUCUUACACAGGCAGAGGUUGACCAGGUUGCAUCUGAUUUGCUACCCAACGCUGGGGGAGGGGAAGAGGGCAGGAAACAACGUGUUGCAGCAGUACUGAGGCUUCGAGCAAUUCUGUUGUGGAGGACUUUAAUUUAGUUUUACUACUUCCGGCUCUUAAGCGUGUACCUGUCUGUAAUUUGUGAGCGAGGAUCCUAACACUUUGCCCCAAUAAAAUGGAGGAUUCGAGCUAUAAUCUGCAGCAAAAUGCCACAGCUACUUUGUCAUAGUAGCACGUAUGCGUAAACAAACGAUUUGAACACGGGACUGCAUGCCUAAAACUCACAGGAGAAUGUUUGUGCAUCACAAGAACAGCAGUGCAACAUAAAGGAUCAUACAAAAGAUGUAUUCAUCUACACAACUACAAAUGUCGGCUCCGCCCACAGUCGUUGUCCCUGCCACAGAGAGAAUAUGCAUAAAUGCUCAAUCCAAUAACGCUUACUCAUUUUCAUGAUGUGAAGCGCUUCUCGAUUGUUUCAGAUAGCUGACUUUCCCAUACAGACACACGCUUGUGUUGCUGGUUUUAGUUUGGAAACUUGAACAUCCUGGUGAAUUUCAUCGUGUAUUCUGACAUCGCUGCUCAGGCAAACGUAACACUUCACGUAGUAUGGAUGAACCUGUGACUCUUAAUACUAUGCGUAGUAUUUACAUUAGCCAAGGAAAGGUACUUGAGGUUCAAGCGGAAACCAGCUAGCACAAAUGUCUUUCACAUGUGAAGGGCAGGUGCACCGCAGUUUUGUGGACGGAGCUUGCAUUUUUUUCCUCCUCAGAUUGUAACCGAGCAUAGCUGUGCUCAUUACACUCACGAAAGAUUUUUAAGACAGAUAUUGGAUAUUCUCACAUUUUUUGUGGAACACUGCCGUAGCAGCUCGUGCAUGCAUGCAGUCAAUUGUCCCAACUCCUUGGUAAAGGAGCCAGUGCAAGUCGAGCCUCGGCGCAUCUCGUACGAAACCUUCCAUACCACGUUUGUGUUGUAUUUAUCCGAGUCUUCUCCCGCCUGACCGCGUGUGUGCGGUCAUUUAGAGCAAGCGUCGUCAGUUGCUCCUCCUUCACCCCGUAUACGUCUCGGCAACUAGGAAAGGCGCAUGCGAUCAAAUAAAUGUACGCGCUGGCCAAGCACGCACGUGCGAAUAGCACAUGAUGGUGGAAAUAAAAAGUUUUGCGUGGGGCUCUGUACAUAUGUAAACACGACUCCCCUUUUGUGUGAUAUGCCCCGUAGUCUAACCAGAAAGUUUGCAGAAGUGCGGUGACGACAGAUUUCCGGUGCAGACAUUCAGAAGACUGGGUGUGGCUUUAGAAUGCACUCCCAUGUGGAGCUGCCGGUGAGUCCCUGCGUUUGCGAGAAAAGCUGUCGAUAGGUGUUGCAAGCAGGUUGUUUUUGGAAUUGUUGUUGUGCUAAAGGAAAGGUCUAUGUUUAAGCUGAAUACUGCGUGUUGCUUGUGUUUGUGACGGAAGUGUCUAUAUACAAAUAAAGAAGGGGGGGUGCGGGCUGAAACUUAUUUUGUCACUGCUGCAUCACUGCAGGUCUGCAAGCAACAAAUACUCGUCUUUCUGCCAUUGGCUCUUGGAACAAACUGAUUGGCGCUUUGUGCUGCCUACAUUGCGAGACAAAAUUAUUAGUUCACGUUAUCAAAUAAAGAAGUCUAGUAUGCUA